CCAACUCUCCAGUAUUAAAAGCGACUUCGCGAUUGUGUGUAUAUGAUAUUAAAGAAAAUCUAGUAAUAGGAAAAUACGUAUUUCCCCAAGCAAAAACACAGCUGAUUUGUGCGCAGAAAUAAUAUAACACGAAUAUAUUAUUUAAUACAAGACGAAGCAAGAAGAUUUUGACGGCAAAAUGAGCUCUUGGGAGAAUAAUCAAGAGAUUGAAAUAUUUCGUGAAUAUCUGCGUAUACCAAGUGUGCAUCCAGACGUCGAUUAUGAACCCUGCGUGGAAUUCCUGAAAAGACAAGCCAUCGACUUGGGUUUACCUAUUGAGAUUUACUAUCCCGCGGGUCCAACCAAACCGGUCGUUGUGAUAACGUGGGUGGGUGUACAACCAGAUCUGCCAACGAUUGUCUUGAACUCACACAUGGAUGUGGUGCCGGUGUUCCCGGAAAAGUGGUCCCACCCACCAUUCUCCGCCGACAUCGACGCGGAGGGUCGCAUAUACGCGCGUGGUGCGCAGGACAUGAAAUGUGUGGGCAUGCAAUAUCUGGCAGCCAUACGGGCGCUGCGCCGAAACGAUGUGGUCCUAAAGCGUACGAUUCAUGUGAUUUUCGUGCCAGAUGAGGAAAUCGGUGGCGCAGAAGGCAUGCGCGUAUUUGUACAAUCGAAUGAGUAUAAAAAAUUAAAUGUUGGCUUCUCGCUCGAUGAAGGCAUCGCCUCGGCGGAUGAAACCUUCCCAGUUUACUAUGCGGAGCGCAGUAUUUGGCAUGUCCAUUUCAUAUUCAGCGGCACUGCCGGCCAUGGUUCGUUGUUGCAUAAAAAUACCGUUGGUGAGAAACUCCAUUAUAUUCUCAACAAAUUGUCGGAAUUCAGACAGCGCGAAGUGGCGCGUUUAGAAGGCGAUAGUUCACUUUCAAUUGGUGACGUCACAACCAUUAAUCUAACCCGUCUGAAUGGCGGUGUGCAAAGCAAUGUGGUGCCACCAACAAUGGUUGCCGUUUUCGAUAUGCGUUUAGCUUUGCAUGUUGAUCAUGACGCCCACGAAAAACAGCUAAAUAAAUGGUGUGAGGAAGCUGGUGGCGGCAUCGAAAUUAAAUUUGAACAAAAACAACCCAAAGUGGAAGCGACAAAAAUCGAUGACUCCAAUCCCUACUGGUUGGCCUUCAAGCAAGCGACAACCGAGCUUGGGCUGAAAAUCAAACCGCUCGUUUUCCCCGGUGGCACCGACAGUCGUUAUAUACGUCAAGUUGGCAUUCCAGCCAUUGGUUUCUCGCCGAUGAACCACACACCCGUGCUGUUGCAUGAUCACGAUGAAUUCUUGCAAGCGGAUGUUUACUUGAAAGGAAUUGAAUACUAUAAAAAAAUUAUACCAGCUGUUACAAAUGUUUAGUUUCGAUUUUUUCCGUUUUUUUGUUUGAUUGUACUAUUGUAUGUUAUUGUUGAUUUAAUGGUGUUAAGUUGAAUAUAAAAACAAAUAUUAUAAUAUAA